UAGGUUUUUGCCGCCUGAUUGACAACAUAGUCAUCAUUGGCUUUUGAUUGCUCUCACAUCUGAUGUGGCCUCUGUUUCAUGUCACAUCUGAAACUCCUCUGUACCUCAAACUUAGAAAGGUAUUUGCAUAGGAAUCAGAGGCGUUAAUCUUGUUUGAAGCCUCAAACUUCUGAGAGGUCUCCCUGACUGCCUUCGAGCUGAUGUUUCCUGUCACCGAGUAGUUUGGUGAUCCAGGACGUGCCCCAGCUCUAGUGAUGCCGAUUGCCUUUCUGCUCUGGAACCUCAUCCAUGCCUCAGACUUGCUCCUCUCAACCUGAGACUGCGUGGAAACUGGGAUGUGGGAAGCAGGAAGCAGAGACAGUGGUAACUGAGAGGCCCAUGUCCGGGUAGAACCAGGUCCGGGACCACAACGCUGCCUCCCCCCUGGCCUGACGGUCAGCUGCUGUGGCUCUGCUGAUGUGCUCAGCACCGUCCUUCUAUUUGUACUUAAAUGGCACAGCAUUUGGUCAGCGCAUCUGAAAAGGAAGGUGUGAGAGACAAAGCCCAUGGCCACCUACCCCUGCCAAUUAUGUGGCAAGACGUUCCUCACCCUGGAGAAGUUCACUAUCCACAAUUAUUCCCACUCCAGGGAGCGACCUUACAAGUGCUUGCAGCCAGACUGUGGCAAAGCCUUCAUUUCCAGAUAUAAAUUAAUGAGGCACAUGGCUACCCACUCGCCCCAGAAAUCCCACCAGUGCGCUCAUUGUGAGAAGACUUUCAACCGCAAAGACCACCUGAAAAACCACCUCCAGACGCACGACCCCAACAAAAUGGCCUUUGGGUGCGAGGAGUGCGGGAAGAAGUACAACACCAUGCUGGGCUACAAGAGGCACCUGGCCCUGCACGCGGCCAGCAGUGGCGACCUCACCUGCGGGGUCUGUGCCCUGGAGCUAGGGAGCACGGAGGUGCUGCUGGACCACCUCAAGGCCCACGCCGAAGAGAAGCCCCCGAGUGGAGCCAAGGAGAAGAAGCACCAGUGCGACCACUGCGAACGAUGCUUCUACACCCGGAAAGACGUGCGGCGCCACCUGGUGGUCCACACAGGCUGCAAGGACUUCCUGUGUCAGUUCUGUGCCCAGAGGUUUGGGCGCAAGGACCACCUCACGCGACACACCAAGAAGACACACUCGCAGGAGCUGAUGAAAGAGAGUCUGCAGUCCGGAGACCUCCUGAACACCUUCCACUCGCUCUCCCCCCAGUUCCAGCUGAAGGCCGCCCCACUGCCCCCCUUCCCUCUAGGGGCUCCUGCCCAGAACGGGCUUGCAAGCGGCCUGCCAGCUGAGGUUCACAGCCACACGCACGGCCCCUCGGAGCAAACCCCCCAGCCUGUGCCAGCGCUGCCCGAGCUCCUGGCCCCGCUCCCCCCCGUAGCGCCCCCCAGCUCUCCGCCCCCGCCCCUCCAGAAUCACAAGUACAACACCGGUUCUACCUCAUACUCCCCACUUGCAAGCCUGCCCCUCAAAGCGGAUACUAAAGGAUUUUGCAAUACCAACUUGCUUGAGGACUUGCCUCUGCAAGAGCCUCAGUCACCUCACAAGCUCAACCCAGGUUUUGAUCUGGCUAAGGGAGGUGCUGGUAAAGUAAACCUGCCCAAGGAGCUACCUGCAGACGCUGUGAACCUAACAAUACCUGCCUCUUUGGACCUUUCCCCUCUGUUGGGCUUCUGGCAGCUGCCCCCUCCUGCUACCCAAAAUGCCUUUGGGAACAGCAGUCUCACCCUGGGGCCUGGGGAGUCUCUGCCCCACAGGUUAAGCUGUCUGGGGCAGCAGCAGCAAGACCCCUCACUCGCCAUGAGCACUAUGAGCCUGGGCCAGCUCCCCCUGCCCCCCAUCCCCCAUGUUUUCCCAGCUGGCACUGGUUCAGCUAUCCUGCCUCAUUUCCACCAUGCAUUCAGAUGACUGGUUUUUAAAGCAUACCUUUCUUGUUCUGGAAGAUGUUUUAAGAGGCAUUUUAAACAUCAGCUAUGAUACAAGGAAAGAGUUAGAAAGCAGGACUGGAAUAUGGCUUAUUCAGUGAUGACUGGCUUGAGAGAAGAGAGUUCUCGAACUGCAUGUAUUGUGCCAAUCUGUCCUGAGUAUUCAUGCUUUGUACCAAAUUUAAUAAGCAAGUAUUCUUUAAUGGAACUGCAACCAUUGUCAUAACCGACAUCCAUACGAGGGCUGCUAUAUAUAGGUGUUUGUCAAAUUGAACUUAAUCGUAAGCCAUGAUCAUAAUCAUGUUAACUAAAUAACUUUAUGUGGCACCGCCUAGUAAGGGAACUACGGAAAGGUUUGGAUUUCUCCAAAAUGGGAGAAUUUUUAAAAUAAGAAAAUAACCUUUAUAUUGCAUAUUAUGACUAGGCUGUGUAUUUCUUUUCAGGGAUUUUUCUACCUUCAGGGUUGGAUGUAGUUUAGUUACUAUUGCCAUAGCCAACCUAUAGUUUUACAGAAACAAUUUCUUGUGGAAUAAUAGAUGUCUCCAUUUUAAAAGCAUUUUAAAUGUAGUUUGAAUAUUUUCCACAGGAUGCUACAAUGUGAGUUAUCACUUCAUUUAUCUUAAAGACUAAACUGAUUGUCAGUUACAUCUGACAGAAAAAAAAAAAAAAUCACUGUGUAACCAGGUUAAGCGGUAAAAUAAUCCAGGCGUCAGUCGAAAAAGGCAUUUUACUGACUUUAAUAUUGAUUAUAUUUUUAACAGGAAUUUAAGAAUAUUACUGGAAUUAAAAAAAUAUAUAUAUAUAUAUAUUAAACAAGAAUUUCCUUUGCUCUGUCUGGCUUAAAAUACUACUCUGCUUAAGUAUUUUUAAUCACCAAUAAGUAAAUGCAUUUUAAAAUUCAUCAUUUAAGUCAAUAUUAGUUUUAUUC